GGGACGCUUCUUCAACAUCAACAGCUAGUCAGACACCGUGGUAGCUUGCUAGUCAAAAUAGCCGAAAUAUUGAAGUUCUUUGGACUGUGUCGGUGUACAGCCACUGUGUAAUCAACACAAUUAUAUCGUAUCUACUUUUCAUUUCAUAUUUAAGUUGUUGUUAGCUAGCUAACUGAGUUGGCUUGAUAAAUUAGCCUAGCACUACGCUAAUGCUAGCUAGCUGUUAUCCCCGACCAUGAGCUCACUAAACUUCUCUCCUCCUGUUAAAGAAGAGGAUUUCUGCUGGACGGAGCAGGAAGCUCUGGGGCUGAACAUUAACGUGAAAGAGGAGGAUGUCACAGUAAAUCAUAAAGUAGAGAGUGAGGCUGUUACAGUGAAAGAAGAAGAGAAAGACGUUUCAGUGAAGGAAGAGGAAGACGCGUUCAGAGUGAAAGAGGAGGAGGAUGUUACAGGAAAAGAAGAGGAAGACGCGUUCAGAGUGAUACAAGAGGAGGAUGUUACUGUGAAAGAAGAGGAGAAAGAGGAGGAUGCAGUUUAUGGAGUGGAGGAGGAGAAUAUGGCUGUCACAUUGAAAAAGGAGGAGGAGGAAGAAGAGGAGGAAACUGGAUAUCUGGGCCCGGUUUCCCAAACGCAUCUUAAGGCAUCCAAUGGUUCUAACGGUGAACUUAGCCAUAAGAUGGUUUUGAGAAACCGGGCCCUGAUUAACAAAAGAGAGAGACGGGACUAUCGUGGAACGUCUGGGGAGCCUCAACAAUAUCAUGAUGCUGACGAGGCAGAGAAGAGUCUCUCCAGAUCAGAACACGUCAAGAAACACUCGCGGAGAUCCACAGGGAAGAAACCUCACUGCUGCUCUGACUGUGGGAAGAGAUUCACCUCCUCAGCAGGCAUUAUAAUUCAUCAGAGAAUCCACACAGGAGAGAAAUCUUUUAGCUGUGAUGAAUGUGGGAAGAGUUUUACUACGUCUUGCAAUCUGACACGACACCAGAGAACACACACAGAAGAGAAACCUUAUACCUGUUAUCAAUGUGGGAAGAGUUUUGUUUCAUCUGGCCUUCUGACUGUACACCAGAGAAUACACACAGGAGAGAAACAUUAUAGCUGUAAUCAAUGUGGGAAGAGUUUUACUCAGCUAAGCAACCUGAUAACACACCAGAGAACACACACAGGCGAGAAACCUCAUAGCUGUACUCAAUGUGGGAAGAGUUUUACUCAGCUAAGCAACCUGAUAGCACACCAGAGAACACACACAGGCGAGAAAUCUCAUAGCUGUACUCAAUGUGGAAAGAGUUUUACUCAGCUAAGCAACCUGAUAACACACCAGAGAACACACACAGGUGAGAAACCGUACAGCUGUGAUCAAUGUGGGAAGAGUUUUACUCAGCUAAGCAGCCUGAUGAUACACCAGAGAACACACACAGGAGAGAAACCUUAUAGCUGUACUCAAUGUGGAAAGCGUUUUAGCCAGUCAACCAGCCUGAUAUCACACCAGAGAACACACACAGGCGAUAAACCUUAUAGCUGUACUCAAUGUGGGAAGAGUUUUAGCCAUUCAACCAGCCUGAUAUCACACCAGAGAAUACACACAGGAGAGAAACCGUAUAGCUGUACUCAAUGUGGGAAGAGUUUUAGCCAUUCAACUAGCCUGACACGACACCAGAGAACACACACAGGAGAGAAACCGUAUAGCUGUGAUGAAUGUGGGAAGAGUUUUACGAAGUCUUGCAAUCUGACGAGACACCAGAGAACACACACAGGAGAGAAAUAUUAUACCUGUUAUCAAUGUGGGAAGAGUUUUGUUUUAUCUGGCCUUCUGACUGUACACCAGAGAACACACACAGGAGAGAAACUCUUUAGCUGUGAUCAAUGUGGGAAGAGUUUUACUCAGCUAUGGAACCUGAUAUCACACCAAAGAACACACACAGGAGAGAAACACUAUAGCUGUGAUAAAUGUGGGACGAGUUUUGUUCCAUCUGGCGAUCUGACAGUACACCAGAGAACACACAUAGGAGAGAAGUAUUUUAGCUGUAAUCAAUGUGGGAAGAGUUUUGUUCCAUCUGGCGAUCUGACAGUACACCAGGGAACACACACAGGAGAUAAGUCUUUUAGCUGUAAUCAAUGUGGGAAGAGUUUUGUUUCAUCUACUGGUCUGACAAUGCACCAGAGAACACACACAGGAGAGGAACCUUUUAGCUGUGACCAGAGAUAAUCUGAUUAAAGAUAUCUGAUCAAAUAUUAGAAAAUACAUGAAGGAGUUGAUUCAUUCAUUGAUAUCAUGAAUGUCACAAUGUAGAAUGUUAACACUUUGUAGUUGGAAUAUUUUAAUAAUGUCACAAUGUAGAUGCCUAAAUGUUUGCCCCCUUAUCAAUUGAUUUCAGCAUGAUAUGGAUAUCAGCCUCAGGGGAGGAGUACUAUUUAUGAGAUUUAACAAAAAGUGACUAACAAGAAAAGAGUUGUGUUCCACUUACCACGUUAGUGACCCACUUGAAUCAAAAUGCAACACUUCAGAAUGUAGCGAUCUGUUUUCUACAAGUUGUCCUCUAACCAGGGAUGUACACAUUAUUCCCAGGUUCCGUGUGGUUUUUGAGCUGUUAGUUUUAACAGGACGUGCAACCUCCUCUCGCACAAUUGAUUUCAACAUAAUAUCGAUGAGUGAUGACAAAUAAGUGUUGUGUUCCUUUGUUCAGCGACCCCUACAUUUAAAUGCAUCACUACAAAAUGUAGCUGACUGUCUUUUGCAGGUUGUCCUCUAAUCAGUGAGCUAAAUGAUAUCUCCCAUUUCCAUGUGUUUUUUUAGUUGUUAGUUUCAACAGCAAGUACAACCUGAUUUCCCCCCUAAUCGAUGUCAGUGAUUUAUUGCUACUUGUCAAAACAACAGCGUUUUUGGUGCUUGUGUCCAUGGUGAGGUCAACUUGGUUUCUGAUUGUCUCAAGGUUUGGCAGUCAAAUAGAUUUGUGUUUAGCCAGUGCGGUCCAUGGACCAGAAAUUAUUUUGACUUUCCGUAUUAGAGAUGAGUUAUGUUUGCGCUCGUUCCAAGGGAACGAGAGUUCUAGAAGCUAGUGAGUUUUAGGAAGACGAGAGUUCUAGAAGCUAGUGAGUUUUAGGAAGACGAGAGUUCUAGAAGCUAGUGAGUUUUAGGAAGACGAGAGUUCUAGAAGCUAGUGAGUUUUAGGAAGACGAGCGUUCUAGAAGCUAGUGAGUUUUAGGAAGACGAGAGUUCUAGAAGCUUGUGAGUUUUAGGAAGGGAAAAAUAAACUUUUUUUCUUCUUGUUUUUAAUUGUUGACAGCCAGUAGACACCAUGUUUAUAUUGUAGUUGAUUAUAAUGUGAAUUGGAAGUUGUUUUCUGUUUGUGGUGCACAUUCUCUUAAGGUGUUAGUCUUUGGUUUUUCCAUUUAUGUUUUGAGGUUGGACUUUAGCACGUCUAGCUCAUUAGCACGUAUAGCUCGUUAGCACGUAGGGCGCACCGAUUUGUGUCACCUCGUUAGUCAGUAUGUGUUACACCUGUGCUGGCUUGUCCAUCUCGUUAGUGGGAAGGUGUUUCACCUGAGCUGGUCCAGGUUCUAUUUAAGAGUGUCUGGCCCAGUGCUCCAGUUGUCUUGAUAGAUGUGGAAUGUCAACACCUUUAGUUGCUCCACCUUUUUGGUUUGCUUCCUGUCUUUAAGUUUGGUGUGGGUUUUUCUUUUGUUUGCCUCUUCUUGGGCAGAUUUAGUGGGUCUCAUGGUUGGUGUCUUUUAUGUCCCAGUUGUUGUUACUAGUCAACUUUCAGAGGACACUGAGAGAAAAAUUGCAACAUUAUAUUAUAAUACUUUAUGCAACAGAAUAGAGGGUUCUUAGAACUAUUGUGUCUGUGUGUUCUACUGAGGAUGGGCCUCUGGGAGAAAACACUGACAGGAGAUUUACAAUGUCUUUUGGGUGAUAAAACCUAAAGAGACCGCAUUCCAGAGCAUGAGUUAAUGUUUCUGUUCUAUAUGGUACCAGGGAUAGAUGACCCCAGGGCCAGACCCUGGUCUCUACACAAAGAGUACCAUUUUUACAGCAGAUACUGUCUGCUGUGAACUAUAAGUAUCUUUCAUACAAAUCUAAACCUUGUGACCCGUUCUAUACAUCUGUUGUUCGUCAUGUAGGUUGAAAGACCUUUGUACUUCUGUCUUGUGGCUCUCAACGAAUCAUCUGGGGGUGAUUUGUCAACCAGCCAUCACCGUACAGCACUCAAUUGAUUAACUUUAUAUUUGCGUGUUGUAUUGACCUGCUCCAUUAUUAAUAAGUGAAUAAAGAUUUAGUUUAAGAAUAA